GGAGAUUUAAUGGGUUCAGCUUUGAAAGGUUUAAGCAGAUUAGUACAAUUACCCGUGGGAUGCGGAGAACAGAAUAUGGUAUUAUUCACUCCAAAUAUAUUCGUUCUCGAUUAUCUUACUGCAACAAACAGAUUAAAUGAAGACGUCAAGUCUAAAGCAUUGGAAUAUAUGAAAAUUGGUUAUCAGAGAGAGCUGAAUUACAGGCAUUCCGAUGGAUCGUAUAGUGCCUUUGGUUCCAACGAUUUAGUCGGAAGUAUGUGGUUAACGGCAUUCGUCGUUAGAUCUUUCGCUCAAGCUCGUCGCUUUAUUUUUAUCGACGAAGAAGAUCUUAAACUCAGCACACAAUGGAUUGUACAAAAACAAUUAGAGAAUGGAUGCUUUCCAUCCAUUGGUUCAGUGCUUCGUCAAGAAAUGAAAGGAGGUGUCGGUGAAAAUCAACAAUUUCUUUCUACUUUAACAGCUUAUGUUUUGAUCGCUCUUCUCGAAUCUGGAAUAGACAAAUCUUCUUCUACGGUUACUAAUGCUUUGUUUUGCAUGGAUGCAGAACCGGAUCCGAAUAGUUAUUCUCUGGCAUUAUUUGCUUAUGCAGCAGCCCUAGCAGAACAUUCAUCGGCAGAGAAAUAUUUACAACAAUUGAAAGAAAAAGCAACUUAUAAUAAAAACAUGGUUUAUUGGGACCAAGGACAACAAUCGCUAAAUGUGGAGAUUGCUGGAUAUGCAAUUUUAACGUAUUUGCAAAUAGGUGGUAAUAAACGCAUCGCGGAAGCGUCUUCGGUUUUAAGAUGGAUUAUCCAAUCCAGAAAUUCUAGAGGAGGUUUCGUCUCGACUCAAGAUACGGUAAUAGCUCUUCAAGCUUUGGCUAAAUACGGAAAGUUAACAAAUCAGACAAAUCUGGAUAUCACUUUAAUUGUCGAAGGAAAAGGUUUCGAGUACAAUUUCAUCCUGAAUAAAAUAAAUCAACUGAUUGUUCAAAAGAAUAAGUUGCCCAUCCUCCCUAGUAGUAUGGACAUUGAAGCGACUGGAGACGGUUGUGCUAUGAUUCAGACCGAGAUGUAUUAUAAUACUAAAAACAUUCCAGGAAGCGAGGCAUUUCAUUUAAGCGUCACUUCGACUAGAUUAGGAAGUUCUACUUGCAAUAAACCGAAUAUUAAAGUUUGUAUCAGAUAUAAAAUUCAAGACAAAACUUCUAAUAUGGCUGUGAUCGAACUUAAAAUGGUAUCUGGUUAUAUUCCAGAUGAAUGGAGUUUGCAUUCGCUUCAUCAAAGAACCGAUCUUUUCUUGAAACGCCACGAAGUCAACGCGGACGUGAUAGUAUUUUACUUUUCUGAAUUAACAAACGAGCAAAAAUGCUUUCACUUCACCGUAGUUCAAGAAUUCGAAGUGGAAGAUUUAAUGCCUGCAGUCGCAAAAUUGUAUGAUUAUUACGAACAAGAGUUAUUUGUUACUACUAACUACACGAUAGAAUCGAGUUGUCCCACAAAUCUUCCAGAAAUGGAAUUAUCAUUAUUGGGGAAUACCACGGAUACUAAUUCGGACGAUCAACAAUUAGAAGUCGAAUUUAUUAGUAAUGUGAAUCCCGUAUCCACCACCACGAAACCCAACAGAAUUGAACCGGAUCUCAACUCUGAAAAAAUAGAAAACAAAGAUUUGUAUAAAGAUUUCGUUGAGGUCAAUCACGAACUAGAUUUUCCUGACAGAUUAGAGGAAAAUAUACCAGUAACAGUUAAUCCACCUCCGCCAUCAGAACUUCCUUCUGGUUUAUGUCCUUUAUGCCUUGACAAAUUUCCGACGAAUUUCGGAACACUCUAUUGUAAUUCUGCUUUUGCCUUGAGAGUAACUGUGAGAGAUAUUUCAAUGGGGAAAAUGAAAAUUAUGCAUAAUCUUAGUCCUUACCUGGGACGACCACAGAAUAUGAAAGCCUUCGCGGAUUACACGAUGCAUCCUAAUUGUCAUUGCUUGUCUCUCAUUAAUAACAGCUACGUCUUAUUGGUGGGAAGCCACGAUGAAUCUUGGGAUUCCGAGAGUGAGAAACAUCAUAUCAAACUGAAUGAAAACAUUUUGGUAGUAAAAGUUCCAGAGAAAAUUGUUCAGCCACAGGUCAUUAAAGACGCUCGAGAGAAAUGUCAAUUAACAAAAGGAUAAAAUUGUACAAAUUUAAAAGAACAAGAUCGAGCGAAGACGACAUUUACCAUCAUUCGUCUUCACAAGAAAAAAAUUUUUUAUAUAAAAUUGUUGUACAUUGUUCUUACCGAAACAGAAUUAAAUAGCGAUGACCAUUUAUGUAAAGUGCUUUCUUAGAAAAAUAAAACCAUUACGUUUU